CGGUGACGUAUUUACUCUGCGCUCACUACACCAUUGUUUUAUGCGACGAGCUGUGAUGGCGAGCGGUAAAAAGAGCGUUCUGCUGUCGUCUUUAGCAGAUUAUGGGGACGAUUCAGAGCCCGACUCCGACCCAGAACCAGAGGAUACAGGGGGACAAGGAGGAGGCCUUGUCUAUGGCUAUGGGGAGGAUGACUUGAACCGUACCGAGGAUGUUGAAGAUAAAGGAUCUGUAAAUGAAGACAGCCAGGACAGCAACUCGGAUAUGGACGAAUCAGACGAAGGGAGGGACGCAGAUGAUGUUGAGACAUUAGAAGCUGAAAAGAAGGACCCCAAUGAGCUUGUUGCGCUGUUCUCAGAGAAGGUGAGGAACAUGUCACCUGAUCAAAUCCGAAUCCCCCCCGAACCUCAAGGACGCUGCUCAAGUCAACUACAGGAGAAGAUCUCCAAACUGUAUGAGAGAAAACUCCAUGGAGACUUUGACACAAACAGCCACAUCCAGAAAAAAAAGGAAUUUAGAAACCCGAGUAUUUACGAGAAACUUAUUCAGUUUUGUGGAAUAGAUGAACUGGGGACAAACUACCCCAAAGACAUGUUUGAUUCUCACGGCUGGUCAGAAGACUCCUAUUAUGAAGCUCUCGCCAAAGCCCAGAAAGUGGAAAUGGACAAACUGGAGAAGGCCAAGAAGGAGCGCACCAAGAUCGAGUUUGUCACAGGAACUAAGAAAGGCACCAACCCAUCCAGCACAGCUGCCUCCACAACCAGCAGCAGCACCACCACCACUGCCACAGCAGACGCCCAAAAGAGGAAAAGCAAGUGGGACUCUGCCAUCCCUGUCACCCUGGCUCAGCCCACCCUCAUCACCACCACAGCGACCCUUCCUGCAGUCGUUUCAGUAACCACCACGGCUAGCGGCACAAAGACCACGGUCAUCUCUGCGGUGGGAACCAUCUUAAAGAAAUCAAAGCAGUAAGCAGGGAAGAGGAACAACAAGCAGACAGAUCACAUGUUGGACUGCAGGAGCGAUGGCUUGAGACCGAUCCUUUGGAUUUGAAGACCUGACUUGUGCUACACUUGUAUAAAUAAACAAAAGGAGUUGAGGGAUACUUAGUGUUCAUGCUGAGAACCGUCUACUGAACAUGGACUAAUCAAAUCUCUGGGCUGUCUACUGUACCUAGGACAAUAUCUGCACUGCUGCAUCAUAAAGCCAAAAUUACACUUCAUUGGUAAUAACUUUGUCUGUACCACGCAGAUCGGUUUAUUAAGAUGUUUUUAUAUGUUGGAAACACCUAAUCAUUUAAUACAGUUUAAAUGAAAGCUGGUCCUAAACAGACUGCCUGAAAUAUCUGAAAGUUGUUUAUUUUUAUAUCCAUAGUUGUAGUAAAAUGUAGUCGGGCUUUCUUUGUCAGUUUUUUUUUUUUUUUUUUUGCAUUUGUUUGUGACAUAGUGAACAUCUUUCAGAGAAGUUGUUUUUUACACGUCUAAAUAUGUGAUGAUUCUAAGUGGGAAUAAAUGAAUCAGAUAUUGCUUUUUCACAUGAA